UUAUAUUUUCGUUGUGGUCUCGUGUUAAUUUGGUGCUGUUUUAUACUAAUGACUAAUUAUUUACAAAAGUGAUGGUUUUGGAAGGUUAUCAACUAACGUUACAAAACGACAGUUAACUGUCCUAAGCUACAUUGUUAGCUACCAUUGCAUUGGCUAACGGCGUUGGUAGCUAGCAAAGAACGGGAAAGUUUCACGAAACGCGAAGAGGUAACUUUGGUAUACUAAACGUUGUACUGAGUUUAAUUAGAUUUUCAAGUUUGCGUGUUUAUUUGCUAACUACGUUUUAUAUUCUUUAUUGUCUCGAUGCCCACAAGUGUAUAACCAUGUUUUUGACAUACUGUACUUAUUUAGUUCAGUCCUGUCUGUUUGAGGGGCGUUUACCAUGAAAUGUCAAGCUAGCUAUCUACCAGUUUACUAUAUGUGCACUACUAGCAAUUUCAUUUAGUUAGCCAGCUAGCUAUGACAUUAUGUAACGGUCAAGUAUUCUACUGUACUGCCUCAUAACAAGCUGCAAGUUCAUUCGAUUUCAUGUCAUCAAAUGUAUCUUCGCGUUUGUGUUUUGUCACACACCUAACGUUAGCUAGAUAUCAAGCUGAUUUUAGAGAUUGCUUGCUACGUCAGUAGAUUACCAAUCUGAUUUGACUGUAUCUAGCAGCCAACGUUACUUUUUUGAACGUUCGACCGUCCCAGAUAUGUAGCUACUGAGACCAGAGUUACUUAGGUCAAGACUUUUUAACUGCAGUUACCCAGUUACAUUGCACUACGAAUACGUUGUCCGAGAAGACGGAUUGAAAGCCAUAAUAACAGCCAACUCGAACUGCCUGGAGAUGAACUAGCUUGGAAAACUCCUAUUUAUUAUACAGGGUCAAGAAAUGGAUCAGAGUGGACUGAAACGCAGCCGUAACCAGGACAACAGCUCGCCUUUUUCUGACAGCCCAGAGAGAGGUGUACAGAAAAAUCUGUCAGGUGACGCAGGUGGUUCAAAGUCCACCGCAGCAGCUUCUAGGAUGCAUCUGCCUGGCUCCAGAGCCCCGCCCUCAGCCACCGAUUCCUCCAAUGGACUGAAUGUCUUUAUGGCUCAGGGCGAGUUUGACAUGCCUGGGACAGCUUCCACUGUCAAGGUAGCUGAAAUGAAGGUAGGGGGUAAGGUCCUAAGAGAGUCUCACACAGACAAACAGAAUCCGCAACAGCAACUCUUUGAAAACUUUGCCAUGUUGGAGGAGAGUAUUGCAGAUUUGAAUCGAUCCAACACUCUGGGGAGCUCUGUGCUUGGACACCAUGACCUUUUUUCUUUUAAAAAUGAGGACCUCUCAUCUAUGGAUAAGGACAUGCUUGACACGGGGAGAGUCAGCUUUGAACAGUCGCAGAAGGACUUGGAUCUCAGCGACAGGUUGCUGGGCGACAAUACGAUGGACAUUCUGCAGGAUCUGGACCUCCCUGGUUCUCUGUCUGACCUGAAUGAGUUUUACGUUGCUGAUGAGGUCGCCUUCCUGUCCUCUCUGUCAGGGGAUGAUGCCCUGCCAGGGGAAAGCAACGUAGAAAGCAAGCCUGUGGUUAGCAGCAAUGGGGGGAAACGUGCCAAUGUCAAGUUUGUGGAGCAGCAAGAGCUUCUGGAGCCUGUAAUCAAGACUGAGAUGGAUACGGACUCCUCCUUCAUCCAACUUUGCACCCCGGGUGUCAUCAAGCAGGAGAGCGAGAGCCGACGCUAUUGUCAAAUGCCAAACUUGGACAUGCCUGGUACCCACAGUUCAUUGGGCACCCUGAGUGGGUCGAGUUAUCAUUACGGAGCAAGCGCCUCGAGUGCAGUGAGUCUACAGCAAGAUCAGAAGCCUGUCUUUGGCCUGUAUCCCCCUCUGUCCUCGGUCAGUGAUGGCUGGAACCCAGGCACUGGACACAGGGAUGGGUCAGGGGUGUCGAGCCCUUCCGCCUCAUCUUUUCCUGUCGGUUUUAGCAGUUCAACAGCCAGACCUGAAGGCAGCACCUCCACAGCGUCAGCCCCUGCCAAGUCCAGUGGUCCGAGCCAUAAGAUCUGCCUGGUGUGUUCGGACGAAGCCUCUGGCUGCCACUAUGGAGUCCUCACCUGUGGAAGCUGCAAGGUCUUCUUCAAGAGGGCUGUUGAAGGAUGGAGAGCACGACAAAACACAGAUGGACAGCACAACUAUCUUUGUGCUGGGAGGAACGACUGCAUCAUAGACAAGGUGCGCAGAAAAAACUGCCCGGCCUGCCGAUUCCGCAAGUGUCUCCAAGCAGGGAUGAACCUGGAAGCGAGGAAAAACAAGAAGUUAAUACGGUUGAAAGGCCAACAGGCCUCCCCGGAGACAAGCCUCCCUGCACCUGAUGAAAGGGCCUUUGCCCUCAUCCCAAAGUCCCUACCCCAGCUGGUGCCUACCAUGCUGUCCCUGCUCAAAGCCAUUGAGCCAGAGGCCAUUUACUCUGGCUACGACAGCACCAUCCCAGACACCUCUACCCGCCUUAUGACCACACUCAACAGGCUAGGAGGGCAGCAGGUCAUAUCAGCUGUCAAGUGGGCUAAGUCCCUACCAGGGUUCCGGAACCUUCACCUGGAUGACCAGAUGACCCUGCUUCAGUGCUCCUGGCUGUUCCUCAUGUCGUUUGGCCUCGGCUGGCGCUCGUACCAGCAGUGUAACGGGGGCAUGUUGUGCUUUGCCCCGGACCUGGUGAUUAAUGAUGAGAGGAUGAAGCUGCCCUACAUGACCGACCAGUGUGAGCAGAUGCUGAAGAUCUCCACUGAGUUAUUGAGGCUGCACGUGUCCUACGAUGAGUUCCUGUGUAUGAAAGUCUUGCUUCUACUCAGCACAGUACCAAAGGAUGGAUUGAAGAGCCAGGCUGUGUUUGAUGAGAUCCGUAUGACCUACAUCAAGGAGCUAGGAAAGGCCAUCGUCAAGCGGGAAGAGAAUUCCAGCCAGAACUGGCAUAGGUUCUACCAGCUUACUAAGCUUUUGGACUCCAUGCAAGAGAUGGUUGGAGGCCUCUUGCAGAUCUGCUUCUACACUUUUGUGAAUAAGUCCCUGAGCGUGGAGUUCCCUGACAUGCUGGCCGAGAUCAUCAGCAACCAGCUACCUAAAUUUAAAGACGGGAGUGUCAAGCCACUUCUGUUUCAUAAUGCCUUAAACCAUGACCAAAUGCCUUAAAACCCCAGCCUCCUCUCCCGCCAGCCAGCAAGCCCCCCGCCUGUUUUCCCUGCGGACAACCCACCAGGACGCGUAAGGAUUAAUGUUGUGCAAGUGUACUCUAAUCGGUUCCCGGAGGAACCAGGUGGAUUGAGAAAGGGAGAAAACGCGUGACAGAGUGAGAGCGGAAGAGAAAAUGACAGAGUGAGUGUACAAACCAAACUGACCCUUUUGAAUGAAACCAGGGCUCUGCUCUUCUGUCGUCUUUAGACCAUGAAUCACUUAAAAACACUCAAAUAUUCGGAGAUUGGAGGAUUUAAAUUUUAGCUACGAAAAGUGAAAGGAAUAUUUUCUAUAGAUUUUAUGCAUGCACUCACUGCUGAAAUGUUUACGCAAGAAUAUCAGAAAAGGGAAAAUGUGCCUUUUUUUGCUUUUUGCUUUGCGGGCUAUCCUAGCCAUUUUUAUUAAAAGCAAUUAUUUUGCAUAGGAAUCUAAUAUAAAGACCUUUGUAUGUAUUGUGUCUGUUAUUGCACUGGCAAUUUCAGCUCUCUCUCUCUUAGCAGACAUGUUCUUGUUUAAUGUGGGCAGCUCAAAGAUCCCCAGAAGUCAACCAGUGAGAAUGAACUAAUGUAAAUGAAAACCAACUUCGUGUUCAAUUUCGUUCUCUGCAGCAGGGUGGGGAACAGUUGGAAAUCAUGGCACUCUUCAAAUGUAAAUGUUUUAAAUGUAAACACAUGGUUUGCUCUCUACGGUGAUGGCAAUCUUGGGAGAGAUGAGAUAACAAUAGUGAUAAAAUAAGAUUGUUGUUGUUUUUCAGCUUGAUUUUACACCUGCAAUCUAAGGAAAAGUACACUUAACUCAUUGAAAUUAUGAAAUAAUUUCCCCCAAAACCUGUCAUGAUUAUUGGCACCCCUAGGUUUUUUAUUUACUGAAACGUGAAAGACAGUAUCUUCCCAUUGCUAUUUUAAAUUUUUUUUCAUCAGAGUUCUUCCUGUUUCACUGGGGUAUUACUACAAUGCCCUCCAAACGUUUUGCCGAUAUAAGUCAAAAAAUACAAAGAAAAUGUUGUUGUUUACUAGCUUGGACUUGCAUUCAAAAAAUACUACAACUCUCUAACAUUAAACUGAGUAUAAAAUGUACUAUCUAAGUAAAUUUGAGUCUUUGACAACGUUUAAUUUGCCAUCUAUGACGUCACAUUUCACUGGGGUACAUUUGAGGUGACACACAUGGUAUGUUAGUUUCCCAUUAACAUGAGAAAGGGCCGAGAGAACACGUGAAAUUUGGAUUUUCUUAGUUGACCUUCACAAAACAGACAACACCUGAAAAUACCAAUCUCCACCAUAAUGGCAAUAAUUAAGUAAUAUAGAACAACUGGAGAUGUGAUGAACCUGUGUGGAAGAGAACUACACUAUAUUUUGCCUUCAUGUGAGUGGAACCAGGUUCUGUUGUCUGAUGAGACAAACAUGUCGCUUUUUGGAUGCAUAUUUGGUGUAAAAAGAGCCAAUAAACGUGCAGAAAAUAAAUAUACCUUUGCAGGAUACAUGGCGUCAUGGGCAUCAAGUACCAGCAGAUUUUAUGCCAAAACAUGUCUGCAGGAUAAAAAUCCAAAGCAUACCUCUAAAUCCACAUACAAAUGGCACACCAACCAUAGAUUUAAAGCUUUUGCAAUAGCCAUUAUUGUCCAUUAUUGUCCAUUAUUGUCCAUUAUUGACUGAAAUCCCAUUGGAAAGUUGUGGGGUGAGCCAAAGAGAAUAGCCCACGAGCAAGGACUCUGGAUCUGAAGGAUCUGAAAAGUUUCUGUAUGAAUGAAUGGUCUCAAAUCCCUUCCUGUAAGUUCCCCCACCUCAUCAAACUUUAUACAGUAGGAGACAACUGAGUCCAAAAACACAUUUGAAAUGACAUCUAUUUGGGCAGUUUUUAGGAAAAUAGUUAAAUACAUUGAAGCUGUAGCAUACCUUCCUGGAAGAGGACCCAAGGAUAUUUUGCCCCCACACAGUGUGGAGGGUAGGUUAGUGGUACUUAUCACCUCAUGCCUACAAGCUGUUUGGAUGUAUUCCCAGAAGGAGUUUGCUACAGGUCAUUGGAACUUGAUUGUUGUUUCUAUGGUCAGAUGAGACAAAAAAAAUAGCUUAUUUGACCAGAAACACCAAAGGUGAAUUUGGCAUAAAAAGAAUGGUCAUGCAGAAACCCUAAUCUCUUAUGUGGUGGUGGUUUUGCUUCUGAAUGCCAAGGAUACUUGGGAUCAUCUUGUUGCAUCUGCCUGGAGAAUAUGGCUGGGUGGUCAUUGUCUUCUUCCAGCAAGACAAUGAUCUAAAGCAUUCUUCCUGAUCCACAAACAUUUCUCACUAACCACAUAAUCAAGCUUCUUCAUUGGCCAUCCCAAACCCCUGACCUAAACACCAUUGAAAACAUGUAGGGUGAGAAAAGUGGUACUCCGAUCCUUCAGAGUACUUCAAUCUACAAGUAAGAAUGAAGUACUCUGAAUGAUCUGGAAAGAUUCAGAAUGGAUGAAUGCCAAGAUCCCUUGAAGUGUGUUCUUCCACUUUAUCAAACAUGGUGAAAGACAGUGCAUGCCCCCUUAACAAGAAAAAAAGCACAAUGUACUAAAUGCAGGGGUACAAAUCAUGUUUCUGAGACGAAAAAAAUCACUUAAAGGUUAGUUUUUAAUAAUUAAAGUGUAAGACUAAGCUGAAUUACAACAUAUUUUCAUAGCCUUUUUCUGUUUUUGACCUAUCUCCAUCAAAGGGGCCAACAUUUCUGGAAGGCACUGUAAAUAAAUUCCCCUUCUGAGUGUGUUGAAGUCAUUAAAAGUUGAUAUCUGGAAUUGAAUGACAUACAUUAUCCCCAACCCUGCACUGCAACUUUUCUGUGGUUGUUUUGUUUAAAAACCUCAAUAUGAAGAUUGAAGAGUGGACAUUGAUGUUUGUGGUAUUAAUGAUUCUUAAGGAUACUUGAUAUUAGUCCCGAUAGGUUCCUGUCCAUGUCUGAGCUUAUAACAUACAGUAUAUUAGGUUAUGUCCUAAUUCAGCAGUGGAGGAGAAAAUGAGUCACUAGGUGAAAAAUCUGAUCAUAUUAAGUCUCCAAAAUUGUAAAAUGUGGGCUCACUUUAUGGUAAAACCGUCCUUGAUUUCCAGGCAAAGGGAAAUGGACUGCAUUGGGCUAGAGGGAUGGAUGGGAGGGUGCAGCAGUGACUAGUGAUUAUACGAUUGGUGUGCAGUAAGAGCAAAAAGUACAGAAAGUUACAGCCUGAACUGGAGAACUUUUUUUUUUUUUUUUACAUUCACAUGUAUUUCAAAAUUGUCACAACCCUAUUUUUAUAAAGAGCAUAUGAACUCUUCUCUGGGAGUUGCAAACACGAUGUUAAAUGUCACAAGCUGUUAAGUUUGGCCUUUUUUAAUGUCUCCUGUAUGUAUUAUCCUAGUGCCAAAUCUAGAUGAAUUCAUUUUUAUUCAUAAUGUCAAUUUGAAAAAAAGCAGAAUUGUUUUCUUAUUGCUGUCCAAUUAUCCCUUUAGCUGUCCUCACAAUAGCUGGCACAAUAGUUAAAUGCGUCUGGGUGCCCAUUUAUGAAAUGAAUAUUGGUCUGUUAUUAUUAUUAACUACACCAGCUAACAAAGAAUAUAUACGUAUUGAUUGUUAUUCACAAGAUCACGUUUUCAAGCCCUUUUGUACACUUACCCUCUUGAUGUAUACUCUUGAAGUUGCAAUGGUAUUUUAUAAUGCUAUUAAGGUAUGGUGACCAGCACAUUUACCUGGGGAAAAAAAGGUCCCCUGUCCUUGCUAAAGAAAUUCUCUAUUUUUGAGGUACUCUCACCACACACCAGGUAUGCCAUGUGAAACCAAAAUGAUUAAGCAAAAAUGUGUCCUGAACAUUGUUUCCUUUAUAAAUUCCUUUGUAGUCAGGAAGUCAUGUUAAAGUAACUGUCCAGUGAAAAUUUUACUUUUAAAGUUUAUAUACUACUAACUCACACUGAAAUAAUGUUUUAUGGAUGAAGCAUAGAUAGCAGAAAAACAUUUUUUAUAUAAAUUGUAUCUCAAACCAGCUGUUAAAAAUAAAGGUGUUGCCUUUUCCUCAUUAGGUUAAGAACUGAACAAAAAAACUGAACUUAACACUGCACAGUUACUUUAACAAACAUAAAAUGUUAGCUUAAAUUGUCAUUUUUCUUAAACCAAUGGAAUAACCAAGAGGUGGAUCUCCUGUGUGCUCCUCUUUGCAUACGUGUCAGUCAAUCAUAAGAGUAUUUUGGGUGAGGCAUAAAUAUUUUGGCUUACUUUCACAUACAGUUUUAACAGAGGACUUUUCUUAUGAUUGGAUAAAUCCAAUUCAUAUCUUAAUGAUUAUUGCAUUGCCAUAUAUACAGAGCUUAACAUAUCCUGUGAGAUUGAACCAGUGUUGAUUAUAACAUUUCAAGACAACUUUUAGCGAAAUAUUUUUACAAGGAUAUAUAUGUAUAGUCCUAUACUAUUUGUUGUUCUUUUUUUUUUGUAACUAAAGUUUCACUCAAGGCCUUGGGAAAGGUAGUGAACGAGCCAUAAAAACAUCUGGUUGAAAUUCAGGAAAAUGUAAUUACUGAUGCUUUUGAAAUAAACUCUCUUUUUAAACUACAAUAUUUUCAGUACUUUUGAAUUUAUCAGUUGGAUCCUUUGAUAUGAAUAAUUUUUGUACAUUGGAUGAGUAAGACAAUUUUUCAGUUUGUUUGACAAAUAUCAAUGUAUUGCAUGUACUUGUAGUGUUAAAACAUGUCUAACUUGUAUGUAAAAAAUAAAUUCUAUAAAUCAUUGGGAAAGACUGCAGUAUGAAAGAUAUGUUUAAGAAAAGGAGGGGGAGGGAAAAGGGACUGGAUUAUAUUUUGUAUAGUACAACAGUGACCAAAGCAGAGAAAACAGAAGUAUUCAAGCAGUUACAUUUAGAGUAGCAAAUAUUAUCAAAUGAUAGUACUUGUUUUAUUUAAAAAUAUACUUUGUAACAGUUUAGGCUUUGGUUUCUUUUCUAUUGCUGUGAGGAAUAACCAGUCUAUUCAAAAACACAAAAAAUUUAAACUGUGUGUGAAAGUAACCUACCUGAGAAUUUGGACUUUAUUCAGCAUUUAAUCUUUGUAGUGAAACAAGAGUUUACAAUUUUUUUCACUACAAAGAUUACUUAAUCUUUGUAGUGAAAAAAAUUGUAAACUCUUGUAUCAACCUUUCUAAUUUAAUUGAUUUUGGAAACUUUUUUGGUCUCAGAUUACAAUUGGCCUCCAAGAAUUUACAACUAUGUUUAUUCAUUACGUCGUUUCAAUCCCAGUAGUUAAGAGUCUAUUUUCUGUAUAAAAUACAUGCAAAUAUUAUCUUUAAAGACUAAGGGCAGAUCAUAUUUCACUGGUAUAUGGCUUUCAUUAAAGUCUGUUUGUUUUUCAGUUCUGUAAAUGUAAUCCAGUGUAAAGAAUAUAUUGUCUGUUUGUUAAAAACGUUUGUAUUUCCUCUGUAUUACACCUCUGUCAGUUGAUAUUUUCACCUAUUUGAUUAAAUGUUUGACUAAAAUGUAGUUCUUUGGUUGCUCUAGCUUUGCUUUAUGACCUCAGAUAAUUAUCAGAUGUUUCUCCAGAUAAACCUGCUCAUAAAAUAAAUAAUAAUUCACAAGA